AUGAUCCUUACAACCUGCGCUGUCUGCGCCACCGAGCUUGGGCUAACCUCGGGCAAGAAAUGCGGCCGCUGCAGCACGCGCUACUGCGGGGCAGCCUGCCAGGUGCAGCACUGGAAAGAAGGCGGGCACGACCAGCUCUGUAAGAAAAUAAAGAAAGCAGGCGGCGCCGAGCAGUACAAUGCAAAUAAGAAGUACUCGGAGGCCGUCGCGGUCGCGGCGACGGCGUGCGCGGAGGACACGAAGGGCCAGACGUGCUACAUCUGCACCGAGGCCGUCCAUCGACACACGGGUGAGGGCCUUGUGCGCGGGUGCGCGUGCCACACGACGGAGGGCUUUGUGCACGUGUCGUGCCUGGCGGAGCAGGCGAAGAUUUUGGUCGCGGAGGCUGUGGAGAAUAAGUUGGGCGGCAAGGCAUUGGGUGAGAGGUUCGGGCGGUGGCACACGUGUAGUUUGUGCGAGCAAGGAUACCACGGCGUCGUGUAUUGCGCGCUCGGGUGGGCGUGCUGGAAGAUGUACGUUGGCCGGCCGGAGACGGACGGGCUUCGAAGUUGUGCGAUGCAACAGCUUGGGAGCGGAUUAUCCGCCGCAGGGCACCAUGAGGAGGAGUUGUCUGUGAAAGAGGCCCAGUUGGCUAUGAUACGGCGCAUUGGCGCAUCAGAACACGACACGCUCGCCGCGCAGCACAAUCUUGCGACCACGUAUUCAUCUCUAGGACGGGCGGAAGAAUCCCUGCGCAUGCGGCGAGACGUAUACGCCGGGCGUUUGAGGCGCAACGGCGAAGAACAUGCAGUCACCAUCAUAGCAGCCCAAAACUACGCGACAUGUCUUGCUGGUCUACAGCGGUUCGAAGAAGCCAAAUCAGUGUCGCGCACAACAUUGCCCGUGGCGCGACGCGUCCUCGGAGAUAGUGAUGACGUCACUCUCAGGAUAAGGUGGACCUACGCGAUGGUGCUCUACAAGGACCCCGCCGCCACGCUCGACGAUCUCCGCCUGGCCGUGAACACGCUCGAGGACUUGGAUCAGACCGCGCGGCGCGUCCUCGGUGCCACACACCCGCUCGCAUCGGGGAUUGAGAUAUCCCAACAAGAGGCGCGGGCCGCGCUUGGGAUAACCCUACGAGACACGCUAGCCGCGCUCCGCGCCCGCGAGGCGGCGCCGCCAACGGGGGACGCCUAAGCUAGACGCCACCG